UGAUCUCGUUAAUUCUCUUUUUGUGUGAUCCUAUUCGAAUUAUGUUUGAAAAACAUUUCAAUUAUAUCGCCUCAUGUGGCCGUAUCUCAUUCAGAGCAGCUUCUUCUAUAAUGCUGUUUUUCUCUGCGCUUUUGCCAUUCAUCUAUUCAUUUUGAUUAAUCUUCAAAUACCUCAGAAGUGUGAAUCUUCUGCGGUAUUGUUCUUUUCUUCAUGUGCCAACGCAGUGUGGUUUGGUGCUUUUUUUCAUAUUGUAGUAGAUAUCACUCUCCCUUGGUUAUACAAUCAAGGACUUUUUAGUGGAGGAAAGAGUAAAGAUUCCAUUCUUUUGUACAUUUGUUUAUAGAAGCAAUACGUGUGCUGCAAAACUUUGUGAGCCUUAUGCAUCGUACUGCUGGCUAAAUGUUUUCAUGUCUAAUGAAUAGUACACUAGAAUGAGAAAUGCCAUGAAGACCUACAGUAAUAUUAUGUUGUCACUCUGUAAAUGUUUGGCUUGCUGUAAAAUCAUUGGCUGGGUCGAAGGAACAACGAAGCAUUGUUGAUUCCCUAGGGCCCCAUGCCUUUUCUGUACAGGGGAUAAGAAAAUCUUGCUACAUGGUUAACAAGCCGGAGAACAACUGAUGACAUCACUGACAACUGGGGCAGGUUCUGCUCAUCUUCUCUGUAGUAUCAUUUACAUAAUACUUGAGUUUUUCAGUACUCCCUCGUUUCACAAUGUAAGUCAUUCUAACAUUUCUCAUAUUUAUAUUGAUAUUAAUAAAUCUAAACAUAUAUAUCUAUCUAGAUUCACUAACACUAAUAUAAAUGUGGAAAAUGUUAGAAUGACUUAUAUUGUGAAAAGGAGGUAGUACUGAUCAUGAUUGCGCUGUUAUUUCAGUAUGACAUCUUGUGCAGACGAAAACGACAAAUGGGCUGCCUGCCUAUGCUGGACCUGGUGGAUGGAACGAUCCUGGCAUGCUUGAAGUGGGCGAUGGGGAGAUGUCUUAAUCGGAGUACCGCUCACAGUUCAGUAUCUGUGGGCACAAUCAUAGGCCCGAGCCAGCAGAUGAAAGACAUACUCAGCAACUGGGAGGUCAUCGUUGUGAACCAAGACAGACUAGGUGUCCAAGGAAAGAAAAUGCAAGCUGACAAUGGAUUGGAGGUUUGGGCCAGGUCACUCAGCAACAACAGGAAGGAUGUGGUACUCUGGAACAGGCCAUCACUGCGCAUUGGUCGAGCAUUGGACUCACUGGGUCAGUGGCUGUCACUGCUCGUGAUCUAUGGGCGGUAAACUUGCUUUCUUCAGAGCUCAAAGUACAACAUCACUCUUCAGAAUUCAGAGUUCAUAACAUUUCUCUCUUGCGAUUUGC